CUGGAGGAAUUAACCCUCCCCGUUGCAGUUCACAUGCAACGUGUGAUAAAAGCGAAUUUCGCCGCGGCAUGGGAGGAGUACGGCGAAGAUGGCGAGGCAGAAGAGACCUACUUCCUCACCAAAUUUUCCACUCUUGAUGAGAUGGUGCGAGAGUUGGUGGCUCAUUUGGGCAUGCAGGCGUGUGAGCGCACGGAUCAGGUGCUGUCAAUCGAUAAGGUGGCACACACCCUUCUGCUGGCCGGUGUCUUUCGUGGCGGUGUUAGCGUACUUGCACGUUGCAAACUGGCCAAGUCUCAGCCGUCCGCCGGGCAGCCGGCAGUUGGCAUUAAUCUUCAAAUCACUGUCCGCUCUGCUGCUCCCGAAAUCAACCAGGCUAUUGCUGACUCGCUUAGCUAG